UCGAGUCAAGUGGGUAUCAGCAAGUGACACCAAACGCAGGUGCCUAGUGCAUUCAUAGCGUUCUACAUGACAGGAGCGGUAGAAACGUCAACAUGUUUGUCGAUUUGGCUGCCCGCGAGAGGGGCGCUCUACUCGCUGAAUCCCAACCCUGCCUAAUACCAGGGUACACCGGGCACUGCCCCACCCUCAAGUUCCGCUUCGGCAAGCGCUACGGAGCCAACACCAAGGACAUCAUAAAGGAGAUGAAGGAGAAGGGCGUCUCGCUGAGGCACGCUCCUUACCACCAAAGGGAGCCCGCGAGCCUGCAGAACGGCACCAACGGCCGCCACAGCCCGAGUCCCGGCCCGGAGGCGACAGGCGCCGGGGUCCGCGAGCAGGGCCAGACGCGCGACCUGGCGCUGGACGUCAAGCACCGGCCGCGCCGCUACAUCCUCGGCUACACAGGCUACAUCCCGGGCAUGCACUUCCGGUACGGCACGUCGUUUCGGCGCGCGGCGGACGACAGCGUGACGGAGUUCUCCAGGCGGCUGGCGCAGGAGGCGGCGCGCCGCGAGAGGGACCGCGCGCACCGGUCGCGCAGCGCCCCCAAGGCGCCCUGCAUCCGCUCCAGGGACGAGGUGCGGGCCGCCAUCCGCCAGUACGAAGCCGACCACAAGUACAAAGAUCAUCACAUCUCACCAGAGUUCCCGCCAAUUGCUGGUUACACUGGCCACAUACCGCGUCUACGUGUCACAGACGCAUCUCUGAGUCUGCGCUAUGAAAUGGCAGCACGUCAAGGGUUGGCACUACUGCAGCAGGAACGCGAGAGGGCACGCCAGGAAGCCGCAGAGCGGUGCACCACACCAGCAAUGUGAUGUGCUGAAGCUGGUGUCCAGUAACAGACACCUGCUGCAAUCACAACACUUCAAUCAUCUACUUUUUCUGUUUCCCUAGAGAUCUUCUGAAGCGGAAGCCCCACCCCCUUCCAAACAGCUAGUCGAGACACAAGACAUCUUGCUAAUCGGAGAAACAUCAGUAAUAAGUAUUUUAACAAUAAUUGGUUUUACUAUUUUCUUGGUAUGAACAUAAAGUAUAGUAUUUAUUUUUAAACACGUGUUAGUUUAUGAUUUACUACCUGACUGCCUAUCAGAUUCAUGCUGAUCACAAAUUUCAAAAAUACUGCUUUAGCAUUCUUUUACUAACCAACAUCCAUAAUUUUUAAACCAGCUUAAAUUUGUGUUUCAAAAUGAAUUGUGAACACACUAUGAAUUUUACACAGACUGGUACAUACUUGCUUGCCACAGUCAGCUCAAUCAAAUGUAGAUAUAGGAAACUUCAGCUUAGUGGCUUAUGCAAGCACUAAAAUGCAGAUCUUGUACUCCUUGUCAACUGUGUUUUCUGCAGAAAAAAUGUUUUUCAUACGAAGUGUUAAAAAACAGCCAUUAGUUUCUUGACAUAAUAUGCUCAGAAGCAACAAUCAGGUAGGCAGAAGCAGUACUAGUAAUGGCUUCAUAUGUGUUAAUGGCCACUAACUACACCAUGUUUCAUUAACAUUGUAUACCAUUUUUAUAUAUUCAGAAUGACGAGAACCAAUUCUAAAAGCAGAUGCACAAAACUUCAUACAUAUCAUUAGCCGUUUGACAAUGUGAUGCAUUCUUCAUUCAUCAUUAUGCAUCUCAUUAAUCUUUUCUAUUUGUUAUUAAAAAGAGCUGGUUUAUUAUUAGCAGUGUAAUAUAUUGUGAAUAUUAUGUCUGUUGUGAUUGCAGUAACAUAAAUAAGGCAUCUUAAAUCAUACUGCUGAACUCCUGAAGAGAGCUAUAGAGCUAACAUAAUCAGACACAACUUUCAUAUGCUUUCCAUCUAGUACAUUCUUCAGCAGCCUAAACUGUAAUGAGGAACAGUGUCAAACAGUAUUGCUACCACUCACUCUGUGUGUGCAUCCCCAUGUGUUUGUGGUUUUAACUACUUUAUUACUGUAUACACACACAUUAGUAAUGUUGAUUUACCAUUCAAUGAACACGCUGUUAUCCAUUAAAAACCUUACAUGGGAGCUACAAUUUUCAAUUAAGAAAAUUUCUAUAGGCUUUUUUUAUACAGUAACAGUAUUACUUCUAACAUUUAACUAUCUAGAUUUCUGGUGAAGACAUUGAAAUGGCUGUAUCAUAUGGAAUAUAUUCACAUUUGUUCACACAGAUUAUAAACAACAAAAAUAUUAAUCUGUGAAAGAAUGAGUUACAUAUUUUUGCCUGUUUUCAUUUAGUAAUUAAACAUGAAUCUUGUAGUCCACUUGUCACUAACACAAGAAUAACUCGUAGCUGUUGAACACAAUUAGUUGUUGAAUUGGAGGAUAUUCACAGUGACAAAUGUGCUUUGUCUGCUUUAAAAUUAAUAAAGCAAAAUAACAAAGCACAACUGGAGGAUGAAGAAUAACUCGUGUAGCACUUCAGGACAAGCACUAUGCAAAAUAAUACCAUUUUUAAACACUGUGUAAAGUUGGAUUAAUUAGACAUACUGCUAGCAACUGGCCAUGACUGCCCAGAGGCUAUAGUUCAAAACAUAACUGUGGUUAAUGAGGUGUGAUGGUUUGUGUGUGGCAAUUAGAACUUAUUGUUGUUCUCUCUAAUACUGAGGUUAAGUAAAUAAGGUUUUUAAAGUCAGUACAAAAUUUAGAGUAAUAUGGUCAUAAUAUUUUUAUAUUAAACCAAGGCUGUUUUCUGUCAUGUCAGACUUGAAUUAUGAAGGAAUGACUUCCACCAAAUUUUAAUGCCACAUAAACAUAUUUAAUAUAUAAUGAAUGGUGCCACUUUUUUAUGUAAUACAUUUGUAUAAGGGAGAUAAUUAAAGAACCAGUAAUUUA